AUCAAAUAAAAGAUUGAUUAGCUGUUGUUGAAGUUUGCCUUGGCUUGCGUUCAUGGCGAGCUCAAUGUUUUUCUUUGCUUGUCACGCAAAGUGGAGCAGACGCUAUCAGUACCGGCAACUCUUGAAAACACUUCAAUUGUCGAGUGCAGAAGGUUAAGAGGACAAAAUGAAUUAACUAGUACCUGUAGCACAGCUUUCAAUGCCUAAGAAAGCUCUUAUUGUUAUUGUCUCGAGAAGAUUGCUUUACAAUCGUCUUAAGGGGCGUAGGGAACUAAUUGAUUUGGACACUUCGACAGAAGAUUUAAGGGAUUUACUUAAGUGGUAAAAUGACCUCUCUCGAGAGUCGUCUUGACACUUAAAAUGCUAAUGUUGAUGUGCUCCUUCCACUUUCCCUCCCUCCUAUCAUCAAAACAGCUAGUUUUCACAGGUUGAACAAAUAUCAAUUGCAGGGGGUCGUCGAACGCUUGGUCUUCAAAUCGUCAUCAUUUUUUCAACGGUUGACCCCAUUGUUCUAGUCAAAGAAUUGAAGAAGAUUCUUUGUUUCUUGUGUGUCCUCGUCCUGCCGAAAUGGUUUAUUUUAAUUUUAUUACUCGAAGUUUUUUUUGGCUUAGUUUUUGUUUUCCCAGAAAGGCCUAUCACGGUUCGCAUCGACAGUUGUUUUGAAGCAUCGAAAAGGUAAAUAGGUAAUAUCGAUUGUUGGUACAUGGAAGGCAAGUGUGAAUGGUCGAGCCAAACACUGUACAGCUGACGAUAGAGAAUACUUGCGACAAUUAUUGAUUACUCCAGGUAUUGACAAAUUCAAACGUAGACCAGGUGAUGAAUAGAGGCAUAUUUUUCGGCAGCGACUGGUCACAUAAUUUUUUUUCUCCGCUGAUUGAUAAGCUAAAAAUACCUAAAAACCUCACUGUGCGGUAGAGUGUAAGGGAAAUACUUGAAUGAUAUCAUAUUAAUUAAGUGCUCUCGAAUCUAUCACUAUCACGGCUUAACACUUCUCUUAGGAUAACAAAUAGUUAUGUGUGAAACUUCAAGCGAGCGAGUGUCAACGGUACUUAGGUGUCGCCGCCAGGGUCGGCGUCAACAAAGAAACCAAAUACAAUGGUAUCACUUCCACGUUACUGAGCCGAAUCAAGCAAACGAUCGGUCCUGUUGAAAUCUGUUUGUCUUGAAAUUGUCAACAAAGGGCAUGUCAACUGAGUCGAGUCUAAGAACGUCGACUCUAAGAAUAGCGCCAUUGAAGCUAAGAUUUGUGCUAAUAAAUAUCGCAAAUCGCGGAAAAUUCGCAAACAAACUUAACCUAGUGCCUUUUAUCAAUUUAGCUCAAGUGUGCGGUUAACCCAAGGAGAUGGAACAUCUCCGCAUCUUCCGCGCUCCGAGACGAUAACAUCGCGUUGAAGGAGGGGCUUUUCAAUUAUAAUCUCAAACGAGAAGUCGAGGUUUCUGGGACGCAUUUCAUUCAAGAGCAGCGUUUACAGUAUGAUCAUCCAAUUAAGAUGAAAGGAACGAUAAUUCCCACGACUCUCGACAACUUCUUGUGGCCACUCGCGUGCGUUAUCGCGCAUGACCUGUUGACAGGAGAAAUAAACGGAUCUGACAGAAGUUGAUAUUCUGUUUCACUUGUUUGUGACAUGUAAAGAGAAGCCUAUAACACUACCAUUUAUUUUAUUAAUAAUGGCUUAGGUUGCCAUAACGUCCAAUAAGGCUUCAGAUCGAUGAAUGCUCUGUAGGGGGGAAUUUGGUUCGUUUAACCGUCAAAAUAGGCAAUUAAAAUUCUUUAGUUCGAGGUGGCAUGUGCUUCCCUCCCCUUAAUCAAACCGUCCUUAUCCGAAUGGUAAAUAUUUGAAAAUUACAUGUCGGCACCUCGGGACAAAUAUUGACAAUGCAAAUUAAUCCCAUUUGAUUCAAGAAGGUGGCAAACAGAAUCUCAAAGUGUGUGGGUUGACCGUUCCUUUCUGGUUCUAUUAUCGAAGUUUGACCCGAGAAUUUUUCCAUUUGUUUCUCUAGAUUGCAAAUGAGAUUGUUCAAAUAAGACGACUGCUAUUGAAACAAUAACAAUUGAUUGGAUUCGAUAGGACGAACACAUCGUAAAAUAUUUAUCAACCAAAACACCCCGGGGGCGUUAACGCGAUGAUUGGAUAACGAAAUAUCAACAACUUGCUAAUGCCAAUCAAAGACCGGUGUAGUUCAGUUACAAUAGACCGAGGUCUCACGCUGAGCUCCGAACACAGGCAAGUACAGAUGCUUGGAUGAACGGCGAGUCGACUUCAAAGGAUACCACUACGACAGCAGCGUUCAAAUCCCGCGCAUUUUUUACAAUUUAACCGCGCUACGCUGUGUGAGAGGCUUUGCGGAAUGUUCGUGCACUUCUCAGUCGAAGAGUUCGACUUGCCCAGCACGACACAGAUGCUUAUUUAGUUCCAUGGGAGGAUGACAAAACUGUGAAUUAAACAAAGAGCCAACCCGAUUGAUUCAUUUAAGUUUUCUGUCCGGUUUCUCACGCGAUAGUAUUGUGGAGUAAGUGACCCUUCAAAGCCGUCAAAGACAAAAGAAUGAGUACAGUGCAAGACACUUUCAACGUUCCAAAUGGCUCGCACUAUCCUUUUACGCCAGCUCAAGGCGUGCGGUCCACCGCUCGUCCGUCGACCCACGAGUUCCUAUUCGCCGGGCCCGACACUUUCACAAGUUCUAGCGUCGCAGCUGUUCGCCCACAUAACAGCGGUAUAAAUCUAGCGUCUGACACAACUGGCGCUAGAGCAGGGAGCAACCAGCGACAACACAACAUGUUCGCCGGCUCCGUGUUACACCAGCUUCAUCCCAGUCACUACAAUAGUCUGCAAGAGCCACAUCGAGACGCUACCAAUGGUUCACCUCACGGGUUUUAUUCCGUUGCUCACGCUCAUGACCCGCCCGGCUCUCACUUUCAACAAACUGGUGGACCAUUGGCCGGGCCUUACAGGUUUUCUAAAGCAGUGGAAUAUUAUCCUCGAGACGACAAAUUCGAGGCUCACCAUUCACAGUUUGCGAACCCUUUCGCUGCACCUCGCUACGAGUUCAUGCAGCACCCGGGACUAGCCAUGCCUGCAAGUUACCUGCGCCAACCUCUGAGUCAUGUGGUGGUCUGUGAAUGGAUCGAACCGGGCAGCAAAGGAAAGCCUUGUGGGAGACAAUUCUUUCGAAUGCACGACGUUGUAGCUCAUCUCUCUGAGGAUCAUGUUGGAGGACCGGAAAGCAGUUCUCACGUGUGCUUUUGGAAAGACUGCCCUCGUAAUGGACUGCCUUUUAAGGCCAAGUACAAGCUUAUCAAUCACAUUCGUGUACACACGGGAGAAAAGCCUUUCUCAUGUCCGUUCCCUGGUUGUGGAAAGCUCUUUGCGAGGUCGGAAAACCUAAAGAUUCACAAGCGAACGCACACAGGUGAGAAGCCAUUUAUGUGCGAGUAUCCAGGUUGCGACCGUCGCUUCGCAAACUCGAGCGAUAGAAAGAAGCACUCACACGUCCACACGUCCGAUAAACCGUACAUCUGCAAAGUUGAGGGAUGUAACAAGAGUUAUACUCAUCCGAGCUCCCUUCGAAAACACAUGAAGCUUCAUGCAAAGCCUUCAGAAUCCCUUGGCUCGUCAAGUCCUCAAGAUGAAAGCGUUUCUUCCGCUAGGACAAAUUCACCAGCUUUUCACACCGCGUCAACUUAUCCACCAAUGUCUGAGUGGUUUAAUCGUUUACCAUCGACACAGAAUCACGAGCACUAUCAUAUGGACAAUGGCGCAAAUAUUGCCACCGCUCAAGCUCCUUUGGCGUCCUACUGACAUCCAACGGAGAAAAUAAAUACUCCGGUCUUUUAACAUGGAGACCAGACAGAACUAUUUAACCAGCCGUUUCAACCAAGUGCAAGUGGGUGACGUUUUCGUCGCAUAUAUCCAGCAAACAAUGUGUUGACCAGUCGCUGAGAAAAAUCGGCGACAGGGAAUUAACUUUUAGGCGAAUAGCCUCUAAACUUACGAAUGCUUAGACUAUGGCUGAAAUAUUUCACACUAAACUUGAAGGAUUUUGUAUUCGCAGUUGGCAAAAUGGUGACUGUUUAUGUACGGUUUUAGUCGGUCAGCAUUCGGUAAAGUGUCACACAAAAGACCUACGCACACGUCAAAUCGGCCAACUGAUGUUUUUAGUCGAUAAUGCUUCAAAAAUCCACAUUGCAUUUGGGUAAAAAUUGUUGUCGGGCUUAGAAUUGACAAUUUGAAAGUUAAAGACAAUUGAUCUUGUGCGGAAAUGGAAACCAUGAGGAAAUUAGAAUCCGAUUUCUUUCGCAAGGACAAAAACGGGUUGGAUCUAUCCAUCACGUAAAAUAGAACGAGUUCAAACUUACAGUAUUUUCUUAUUUAUGUGAGAAUAUUUCCUGUUCUAAAUCGGCACUGUAAAUAACAUAUUUAGAAUUUGACAUCAUCUGGGAUAUUAAAGAGAAAACAGUGAAAGGAGAGGAAUCUGUUAUAUGUCUCAAAUUAGUCAAUGUGUUUACUUCAGGUCUCCUUGUUCACAAAGUUUGUCCGUCCAUGCAAUGAUUGCUGCUAUAAGCAUCCUGGCAGUUUAAAAUCAAAAUGCCAUCUUUUUAUACAGAAAAGAUCUAAAUAAAGCAUUCACUGUUUCUGGCAAGUCACUGAACGUUUCUAAACAAUAAAGUUGUCUAAACAAGAUUUCUUUAAUUAAAAUAUUUCCUGAAUUUCCCGUGUACAUCCAGUUUUCAAGAAAGCUGUCUAAGUAGCUAAACAGCCAUUUCAAGGGUACGCCAUAUGACACUCUAUGGUUUCCCACGCAACGAACUGUAUGUCUCAGAAUUCAAAGAGCACAUUAUAUACCACAAGACAGGAAAGUUGCGCGUUCUAUUUAUAUUUGUAAUUAAAUUCUUGGAAGAACGUUUAUUAGGCGAAGGAAAUCGUUGUUGGGUGCUGUAAAAGAAGAAGACACACAGGUAGCAGCAGUCACAUUUUGACCCAAAUUAUCAUCUUGAUUGGUCAUCUUGGGACUGGAACAUUACCGCACUGCUUCUAACCGUUCAAAAAGGCAAAAACUAAGCUAGUGUUUGCGAACUAUGAAGGGCAGUAUCUUGCGUCCUAUGUCAAUCGGCAUAUAUAAUUAAUUAAUCUCUGCCACUCUUAAGAUGCCAAGUACUUCCAUCCUGUCGAAAAUUGAGAUUGAAAUGGCCGUGAUUAGGCUAUUUGUUUAGUUCUCGAAGACAUCAAAAUAAAACUAACAAAACAGCUCCGUUUCUUUUAGCCAAUUACCUCUGUGGCUGCAUCUCAUGGCCUCUGGCUGGGAUGUUUGUAUCAGUUCAAAAGCCGGCAUCUACAAAGGAUUUUCUUUAUUAUAGUGUUUUUAAUCUCCAUGAUUCUUGCCCAAAGGCUGUUUCGAAGGUAACCAAUGAAUUCGGAAAUUUCAUGUAGCUCGGCCGAGCGCGGCUCCGGACAAGGACCACAAGCACUGCAAAAUAACAAGGGCCGUAUCUCUCCCCAAAGGGAAUCAAUCGGUUUUACACUUUCUUUUUCAACGAAGACAAAACUCAGAGAAACAAUAGGCUUUUUGAAGAAGGGCUUAAAAUAGGUCAGUAUUUUAUUGAGCGGUUAUACCGCUUGACGCACUUAUGAAGCGCCAGUGAACCGUGCUACCGGCUUGUAAGGGCCGUUGAUCGAAGCGAAAAAACCUCUACUGGUCAAAGGAAUUCAAAGACUGUUUCUAUAAAGAAGAGGAAAUGGUAACAAAAUAAAGCGUCAGGGGCUCAGAAGCAGUAAAACGUCUUGUGAUGCAAACAGGGCUACUGCACCAGGCGUGAUGCGGUUCGGCGCUGUUGGCCGUAUACCACGUCACGCUGGGAGUAGGGCUUUAUAAGACUAAAUGCAGUACUGGUUUGCUUCCGACUGAAGCGCACUUUGGGAUCUCAGAAUCAGUAGAAAAACUGUAGUCUUAAAAAAGAGCCACAUUGAUUAUCAUUUACGUUGUGUCCCUUCAGCGGCAGAAAUCUUUUGUCGGUCAUGAUACACGAUUGCUUGUGUGCUUAAGUCGUGCAUCACACGAUUUGGUCUUGUGUACGACUCAGGAAAUAGAAAACAAACGAGAGAUGAUAUUAUUAGCAAGAGCUGGCACCAAUUUAAUGAUAACCACUGGAAAAUGAAGAAGUGUUUCUUAAAACCUCAGAUGUACAGAACAUGACGCUACGAACAACAACAAUUGUCUAGAAGGUCCCAUUGGCAAUGGUUUAAGUAGAGAAGAACUAUUGUACGGAUAGGAAAAGAGGUUACCGUGUUAUUCUGUAGAAAAGCGUUCAAAUCAUAGCACAAAGAACAUGGAAUAACAAAUAAAGUGCAUUAACUGAA